AUGAAAAACAGCAAGGCUCGUCUUCGCCGCCCAGCUGCGGUCGUCAGGCCAGCCGAAAUCCCGCAGGUCAAGGAUUGUGUUCAAUGGGCUCUGAAGCACGGAUUUGGUCUAACCAUCAUUUGGGGCGGCCACAGUGGUCACUGUAUCUGGUCUAAUGCUGUCGCGAUUGACAUGGGCGCCUUUGACCAAGUCCACAUCUCUCCUGCUGGAGACAAUGGAGAAGAUUCUGCGCCUUGGGUCGUUGUAGAGGCCGGCUGCAAGACUGGAGAUGUCAUCCAAAAGACUAUGGCUGUCGGAUUGACAGUGCCCAUCGGGGCUCGCCCAAGCGUGGGUGCAGGACUGUGGCUGCAGGGCGGGAUUGGCCACUUGGCUAGAUCACAUGGCCUCGCACAUCAACCGGUGGGUGCGAUUCGACCGGAAAAUGGAGAUGAGAUAUUGUGGGCGACCAAAGGUGCCGGGACCAACUUUGGCAUGGUGACUAGCGUGACCUUCAAGGCUUCUGUGGCCCCGACUUACGUAACUCAAGACUGGACGAUCCCGCUUGACGGCAGCCUCGAGAUGGGGUUCAGACUCGCCAAUUUUGAUGGACUGAUCGCGUGUAGACUGAGGCGAACCUGUUGUGCGGAUGCUUAUUUGUGCUUGGACGCUGAAGAACAGCGUCUUGGCGUGGCAAUGUUCGAAUCGUCGACUCUGAGCCUCCGCUAUGAAACACGCACACCUGUACCCUGCCCUGCAAUUUUGGGCCUGGAGAACGAGCACAAGGUCGUAGACGGGUUUGGUCUUUUCGACACUGAGCUUAAUAUGUCUGGAAUGCACGGUGAGCACGGGGGCGGCAAGACAUCUUCAUUCGAACGAUGUAUAUUUCUUAAAGGCAUAUCAAUGGACGACGCUAGGCCUUUUUCGACAGCCCUUGAGACCCGUCCCUCGCCGCUCUGCUAUCUACAUCUAUUGCAAGGUGGUGGGGCGGUCCGUGAUGUGCCAGCUGAGGCUACAGCUUUCGGCUGUCGAGACCGGGACUUUGCUUGCGUUGUAACAGGCGUCUGGCCACGAGACCGAGACAACACCGAAGCCUCACGAAGUGUUGUGCAAUGGGUUUACAAAGUCGUUGAGAAUCUGCUGCCCUUGAGUACUGGAGUCUACCGCGCCAACCUUGGGCCAGACCCCAGAGACGCAGCACUGGCGGCCAAGGCGUUUGGAGCGAACUUGCCAUACCUAGUAUGUCUUAAAAAGAACAUGGAUCCGCAAAAUGUACUUGCGUAUGCUUGCCCGCUUCCGAAGCUAAUGAAAUCAAAGCCCAUCGUUUUGGUAACGGGCAACAGCUGCGUCGGCAAAGACUAUUGCGCCAAAGUCUGGGCGUCCAUGAUCUCCACAAACACCCAGAAAAAUCUCAAAGCUCAUGUUGUCAGUAUCAGCGAUAAGACUAAACGAGAAGACGUGACGGCUACCAGUACCGACUUAAGACGUUUGCUUAAUAACCGCGUCUACAAGGAGCAACACCGAUCACGCAUGACCGCAUUCUUCAAAGAAGAGGUGAAGCAACGCCCGAGGCUGCUACAGGAGCAUUUUCUAGAUGUGUUGCACGGCGCUACAGAUGUGGACGUGCCGUUCAUUCACCGGAAUGAGAGACGAUGCCCGGUUGCAAGGCUGUCGGGUUUGGUCCUAGAGAGCAGACUGCUCGAGGUUCGCGUCCAAGCCCGUGAGCAGACGCGGCGUCUUCGCCGAGGGUGCGACAGCAAUAAUGAUGGUAACGAUCUUAAUAAUCUUACACGAAAUGUGGAGUGGUUGGACUAUUCUCCAAGUCCCACCUUCGACAACGGCCCGAGUGAAGACGACCUGGCAAAACAAUUUGCUGAACGGUCACCUCCUUUGCUUCUGUUCCAUCGAGCUGGAGCGCCCGAGUAA